AAUCAGUCGGGUCUGAAGCCGUCUUCGUAUACGUUUUACUGGGAUGAAACUCACCGGUGGAGUAUGGAAGCUAUAUUUGGCUUCAAAUUUGUUGUUUGCGGCAUUCCAUAGCGGUGUGUCACUAAAACCAGUGAGCGCGAACGAGGUUGGCACUGCCCAAUCAGGAGCGCCCCGUGGACAACAAAGGAAGCCUCUAGCCUUUCGGGGAUCUAUCCGAAUUUUUGUAAAUCCGGAGGGUUAUAUAGAAGAGAGUGAGAACGACGAACCAAGUCCAACUAAUAUGGAUGUCGAGAGUGAGAAACGCGCGACAUCACGCGGAACAUAUCCAAACACAAAUUUGCCCAUCAUCCUUCCUAAGCUAUAUGCAGAUGUUAACACUAAACGUGGUCCUGAUUAUUGGGACUAUGAAAACAUUACACUCAUGUGGAAUGUCCCUAACAACUAUGAGAUCGUGAGGAAGCUUGGACGCGGCAAGUACAGCGAGGUUUUUGAAGGUACAAAUCUCCUUACACACGAACGUAUAGUUGUCAAGAUUCUUAAGCCAUUGAAAAAGAAAAAAAUCAAGAGGGAAAUCAAGAUUCUACAAAACCUCAGCGGGGGGCCAAACAUCAUUAAGCUAUUAGACAUCGUCAAGGACCCUCAGAGCAGAACUCCAUCGCUUAUAUUUGAAUACGUCAACAACACGGAUUUCAAAAUCUUGUAUCCAACAUUCACGAUCGCAGAUAUCAAGUACUACAUGUACCAGCUGCUCAAGGCCGUGGACUAUGCUCACAGCCAAGGUAUCAUGCACAGAGAUGUGAAGCCGCAUAACGUCAUGAUUGACCAUGAAAAGAGGGAAUUGAAACUAAUUGACUGGGGUUUGGCCGAGUUCUACCACCCUGAACAGGAAUACAACGUAAGAGUUGCAAGUAGAUAUUACAAGGGACCUGAGCUACUAGUAGACAUGAAGUACUACGACUAUAGCUUGGAUGUAUGGAGUAUUGGAUGUAUGUUGGCAGGAAUGGUAUUCAAAAAGGAACCGUUCUUUUAUGGACACGACAAUUACGACCAGCUUGUUAAGAUUGCAAAGGUUCUAGGAACCGAGGACCUACGUGCCUACUUCAAGAAGUACGGACUUAAGGUGGCUCCAGUAUACGAAAAAAUACUGGGCAAUUAUCCGCGCAAGCCGUGGUCUAGUUUCAUCGAGGAUGAAAAUAAACACCUUUGUGUGCCAGAAGUCAUCGAUCUUAUAGAUAAGAUGCUGGUGUACGACCACACCAUGAGAAUCACACCAAAGGAUGCAAUGGACCACCCUUUCUUCAAAGAUGUGGCCUAAAUUAAACACUAACUUAUUAAACUUAUUUUUACGCACUCUU